GAAGGGGCGGUGCGCGCUGGCCGGCGCCUGCCGGGGCCUCGGCCUCCAGUCACGGCGCGCGCCCGACAUGCCGGAGGAGGCGGGCUUCCCGCCGGCCAAGAGGUUCCGGCCGGGCUGCGGGCCUCCCGGGGGGCGCGUGGUGAUGCUGCUGACCGCGGGCGGCGGCGGCGGCGGCGGCGGCGGCGGCGGCGGCCGGAGGCAGCAGCAGCCGGCCCUGGCCCAGCCCGCGGCCAGCCCCUACCCCGAGGCGGUGGAGCGGCAGCGCCGGAGCCUGCCGAUCUUCCAGGCGCGGGGGCAGCUGCUGGCCCAGCUCCGAAACCUGGACAGCGCCGUCCUCAUCGGGGAGACGGGCUCUGGGAAGACGACUCAGCUCCCGCAGUACCUCUACGAGGGGGGCAUUGGCCGCCAGGGCAUCAUCGCGGUGACCCAGCCUCGCCGGGUGGCCGCCGUCUCUCUUGCGUCUCGAGUCUCGGACGAGAAGAGAACUGAACUCGGGAAGCUGGUUGGCUAUUCCGUGCGCUUUGACGACAUCAGCUCCGAGGACACCAGGAUCAAGUUCCUGACGGACGGCAUGCUUCUGCGAGAAGCGAUUUCAGACUCCUUGCUCCGGAAGUACAGCUGUGUCAUUUUGGACGAAGCCCAUGAACGGACCGUCCACACGGACGUGCUCUUUGGGGUCGUGAAGGCCGCGCAGAAGCGGAGGAAGGAGCUGGGGAGGCUGCCUCUCAAAGUGAUCGUGAUGUCCGCCACGAUGGACGUGGAUCUGUUCUCGCAGUAUUUCGGCGGGGCGCCCGUCCUCUACCUGGAGGGUCGGCAGCAUCCCAUCCAGGUGUUUUACACCAAGCAGCCUCAGCAGGACUACCUGCACGCCGCUCUGGUCUCCGUCUUCCAGAUCCACCAGGAGGCCCCCCCCUCUCAGGACAUCCUGGUGUUCCUCACCGGCCAGGAGGAGAUCGAAGCCACGAGCAAGAUCUGCCGAGACAUCGCCAGGCACCUCCCGGACGGCUGCCCCUCCCUGCUGGUCCUGCCUCUGUACGCCUCCCUGCCCUACGCCCAGCAGCUCCGCGUCUUCCAGGGAGCCCCGAAGGGCUGUCGCAAAGUGAUCAUUUCCACCAACAUUGCCGAAACCUCCAUAACCAUUCCGGGAAUAAAAUACGUAGUCGACACGGGCAUGGUUAAAGCAAAGAAGUAUAAUCCCGACGGCGGCCUGGAGGUGCUGGCCGUGCAGCGCGUGUCAAAGACCCAGGCCUGGCAGCGCACGGGCCGGGCCGGCAGGGAGGACAGUGGCGUCUGUUACCGGCUGUACACGGAGGACGAGUUCGAGAAGUUUGACAAGAUGACCGUGCCAGAGAUCCAGAGGUGUAACCUGGCCGGCGUGAUGCUGCAGCUCCUGGCAAUGAAAGUCCCCGACGUGCUCACCUUCGACUUCAUGUCCAAGCCCUCUCCAGACCACAUUCAGGCGGCUGUGGCACAGCUGGAGCUGCUGGGAGCCCUGGAGCGGAAGGACGAGCAGCUCACCCUGACUCCGCUCGGAGGGAAGAUGGCAGCUUUCCCUUUAGAGCCCAGGUUUGCCAAAGCCAUCCUCCUGUCCCCCAAGUUCCACUGCACGGAGGAGAUGCUGACCAUCGUCUCCCUGCUGUCCGUGGACAGCAUCCUGUGCAACCCUCCCUCCCGGCGGGAUGAGGUGCAGGCCGUCCGCAGGAAGUUCGUGUCCAGCGAGGGCGACCACGUCACCUUGCUCAACGUCUACCGGGCCUUCAGGAACGCCGGCGGGAACAAGGAUUGGUGCAAAGAGAAUUUUGUCAACAGCAAGAACGUGAUGCUGGCAGGCGAAGUCCGAGCACAGCUGAGGGACAUCUGCCUGAAGAUGUCGAUGCCCAUGGUGUCCUCCCGCGGGGACGUGGAGAGCAUCCGCCGCUGCCUGGCCCACAGUCUGUUCAUGAGCACCGCCGAGCUGCAGCCCGACGGCACCUACGCGACCACGGACACGCACCAGCCGGUGGCCGUCCACCCCUCGUCCGUCCUCUUCCACUGCCGGCCGGCCUGCGUCGUGUACACGGAGCUGCUCCACACCAACAGGUGCUACAUGCGGGGCCUGUGCGUGGUGGACGCGGACUGGCUGCACGAGGCCGCCCCCGACUACUUCCGGAGGAAGCUCAGGGCUGCCCGAGACUGAGCCGCUGCGCCCGCGACCCACCGGCACCG